AUGGGCCAACCCGGCCAGCUCAAAUCCGCCCGAAGAUCCAUUUGCCGGACGCAGGAAAACGACAACGUGUUCGUCUCAAACAAAUGGGACCCAUCCAAGAGGCUUAUGUGGCCAGAGUCGCCAGACGAUGGCGAAUUGACCAGUCAACUUGAUUCUCAAACCGGACAGAUGAACUGUAGAACACGUGUCGGCCGUCGAAUGGGCCCCGGAAUCAGAAAACCCGACUGCGGCGGAGAAUGUGUCCGUCAACUUGAGAAGUUGAGUAAAGAAGUAGAAAUGGUUGGGAAGUAA